AAGCGACCGUUCUCGGUUUGUGUAUCGGCUGCUGAGCUAACAGCUGCACCAAUUGUGUUUUGGUUUUGUUUUGCCUCCCAUGUGCCGCUGUCAUGAGCUCUGGAAGCGAUUGGAGGCGAUCUCUGCCUGGAUGAUGCUCCUCACUGUAAAAGAGCUGGAUGUUCAGAUGUAGCGCUCAGCCUGCUCCAGGUGUCUUACAUAGUGCACAGAUGUUUUCAGUAACAUAUCAGUAUACAUGGAAAUGACCGAAAUGGAUUUAAGCGGCUGCAGCUAGCCAGAAAAGUCUGUGGACUUUAUGCACCAACCAUACACAACAUGAUUGUAUCUCUCACUGAGCUGCAGCAAUGACUUAAUUAAUUUGAAGAACAGUAUUAAAAACAGCACUUACUUUACUUUAACUCUAUAUUUCCUAAGAAAUCACCCCAUAGUGUGUGUGGCAGCUCAUAACCAUCUGAUGCAGUAUACUGAAGAGUUGUAAUGUCUUUAGCAGUAGGCUCAGUUAUACCUUGAACUCAUGUUGAUGGGGAUGCAGCUGUCAGAAUCAGAAUUGGCCCGCCAGUCAGUUCUGCUGUAAAUCAGGUGUGACCCAUGACUGAGUACUACGAGGAGGGGGGGCUGCUGUACGAGCAAUCACCUCCCAUGCACAUCAAAGUGGAGUCUCCGGAGGGACCCUUUGGAGGGGGAGCCUCAGAAAACGGCUUCCCCAGGGAGGAUGAGGACUCGGAGGGCAGUUGUGACCAAAACAGUGGAUUGCCUGGAGGGCUCCCCUUCAAUGUUGUAGUGGUGCAUCCGAACAUCAUGGCACCCGGCAUGUCCUCAGACGACCUCUUGUCCAUUGAACAAAAUAGAGCAAUGUCAGCUGCAUUGGCUGCUGGUGGUGCAGGAAAAAGAAAGAGUCGUUUCAGUGGAGCAGAGCUGGAGGUGCUGGUGUCAGAAGUCACUCGGUGUGAAGGAGAGCUCUUUGGUCCUGCGGGGAGGCUCCGGCGGCGAGAGAGAGAGCGCAUCUGGGCAGGAAUCCUAGAGAGAGUCAAUGCUGUGUCUAGAGUCCCACGCACUCUUCGAGAGGUGAAGAAACGCUGGGACGACUUAAAGAGGCGUAAUGGUGGCAGGCUGGCGGAUGCCCGCCACCGGAGCUGUUACCUGCCAUCCAGCAGAGGGGCCUCAAUGCUUGGACGUCCUUCCCAGCCAAGCCCCAGGCUUCAACAAGCCAGACAAAAGCAAAACACCCGACCAAAGCCCAGUUUUCCAUGUUUCCCUGACUCUGAUACAGGUGUAGGAGUGGAAGGAUCAGAGCGAGAUGGUUUGGAUAAAGAUGAGGACAAUCCUGAGCGUGAGCGAGACAUGGGAGAACCUGAGUGUGAACCAGUAGAGAACAGUAUGGAGGACAAACUGGGAUUAGGACUGGGUCUGGGCAUUGGACCACCCCCUCCAUCAGAACGAUGGCUGCCUCCUUCCCCACUCUACAGCGCCCCUUUCCUCAACGGCAGCCCUCAGCCCAGCAGUCCUCAGCCAUCACUUGGAGCACAGCAGGGUCCUCUUGAAGCCCCUCCACGUAGCUCCUGGCUUGAAGAUGAGCUGCGAGGGUUAGGAGAAGCAGCAAUUCAACUGGGAAAUCGGGUAGAAAAGAGUCUGCGGGAAUUCGGGGAAGGUUUCAGACAGGACAUGAGAACACUUGUUGUUUCGCAAGAGGCAUUGGCAGUCAGUCUGCAACAAAACAAUGUUCUUUUACAAAGGCUGUUAGGAGUGCUCGAGGCCCAGCAACAGCCACAGCCACAACAACAUCGUGUACAACAAGUGCACCAAUCACAAACAUCUCAACAGCACUUACAGCCACAGCCUGCACUGCAACAGCUACAACAUAUAGAACCUCAGCAGCAGCAACAACAACAACAGCGGAUUGAAACACCACAGCAGUCGCAGCUACAGCAGCAGCAGCAGUUACACGUUGUACAACAACAGUCACAACAGCAGCAAACACAGGUCACCCAGCAUCUGAACAAUCAGUCAGCUGUAGCGGUGGCACCUGCACCAUCAUCCCCUGACAUACAUGGCACUUUUUCCUCUGAUCAGCCCGCAGACACAAAUGGAAGUGGUCAGCGGCCACGGCGAGGAAGAGCUGUGGAUCACAGGCGCAGAAGACGGCGCUGAGGAGAAAGUCUUUAAAAACUCAAAGUGCACAUCAUGCAUAUUUGGAGUUUCAAAAUGUAACAGGAAAUGAUGCUCCUUUUCUACUGACUGUGUUUCUGUAAAAAAUAAACUGAGUUGUUUGGAGUUUUACUUCCGACUACAAACCAGUGAUCCAUCUCGCACUUAGGUUUGUCUUCGAAGAGGACGGAAAUGGAUAAGAAAAUUAGACACUUGAGAUAAUGGGGUGGCCUUAACAUUAGCUUGGUUCUUCAGACAUACGAACAUAUUGUGCUAAAAGACUUUGCUAAAAGAAACGGUUUGCUCUGUGGAGUGACAUCUUCACCCAUGAGACUUUCAAUACCCAGACAACAACAUUCUGUAGGUGCUGAUGUUUAAUAUGCACGUCACUGUACAUGCUUUGCAGCAGAGCUGUGAAGCUCAUGAUGCUCUUACUAGUUCAGUACCGUCUCAGUUCUCCCGAUACACUAACUACACUGUCAUGAAGUACUUGUAAUCUGCAGUUGUUACCAUAUAUUGUAGUUAUACAGCUGUUGUAAUUACCUGCUAAUGUAUGCUUGUGCAUUUUUUAACAGUUUCAUGAUACAUAAUUUCCCAACUUUGGUUGGACAAUAAAGUUAGACUGUGGUCUGUUCAGUGCGUUUUAUGACAAAAAUGUCAUAUUUUUAAAAAUUGCCAGUUCUGGUGAUCUCCAAAACAAACAAAAAAAAAAAAACAUCA